AUGAGGAAGCUAAAUCUAUACGACCCAGUGAUAUGGAAAUAUAUUGAUAAAGUGACAGCCACACGCAGAGGCGCGGCCAAGGGCUACACGGACUACUUCGGCCAAUAUGACUACUACAGCAACUACUACGACAAGGACGGCGAACCCCCGACCUUCCUGGCCCGAUCGCAGACCUUCACCGUCGAAAUCGGACAGUCGGUUAUUAUACCCUGUGACGUGGAGAACACAGGCAGCAACAAACUGAUCAUCAAGAAGCUGCCCGCCCGCGGAGGCUCCGAGAAGCUGCUGGCGGUGGGCGGGGCGAAGGUGACCACGGACCGGCGCAUCCUGGUGGACGGGUCGCGCCUCACCAUCACCCACGCCCUCCCUCGCGACGCCGGCACCUUCCUCUGCCACUUCGACCUCGAGCCGCCCUUGCAGCUGCGACACACCCUCGACGUGCAGUCCGCGCCCUCGGUCAAGUCGCUGUCGCCGCCCGAGCAGGUGGUCAAGAAGGGGGAGGAGGUCGUGCUGCAGUGCAAGGCCCACGGAACCCCACGCCCAUCAUCCGCUGGUCCAGGCAGGAGGGGUUCAUGCCCUCGGGGAAGACCACGGAGCAGUGGUAAACGUGCUGGUCUUGGCCAGAACGUGACACUGACAGACGUAGACCGGCACGUCGACGGAACGUAUCUUUGUACGGCAGACAACGGCAUCGGCGAACCAGCUUCUGCCAGGAUGGUCGUCACGGUGGAGUACCCGCCCGAGAUAUCCACGGAGAAGGACGUCGUUCGGAGCACGGAAGCGGAGACGGUGGAGCUCGUGUGCCUCGUCCACGGCCGCCCCGUCCCCACCGUGGGCUGGACGCACGACGGAGCCGCCCUCCCUGACACCCACAUGGACUCCGAAGUGGACACGCCCCAGGACUACGCCCACGAUGUCUACGACGCCCACACGACCCAGAGCCACGUGUCGCACCGCCACACGCUCACCAUACAGAACCUCACGGACGCUGACUUCGGGCUCUAUAUGUGCAUCGCCGAGAACUCGCACGGGGUCAGCAACGCCUCGAUACAGCUGACAGGUCUCCCCAUGCCCCCCAUGUUCACCAGCAGUCCGAACGGAGAGGAGAGUCACAGAUACACGCUCACCUGGGGCACGGAGAGUCUUUCUCCAAUUACGGACUUCGUGAUCAAAGUUCGCAAAAGUCUCACUAGCCCCUGGCAGAACACGACCAUCGUCACGACCCCCGCCACGUGGAAGGUCGUCACUCGAACCGUGGAUCCUUCUCUGGCCCAGGAGAAGAACCACCCGCACUACACGAUGGACUUCACGCUGGCUGAGCUCGAGGUGGCCACGGACUACACGGUCAUGGCGAAGGUCAAGAACAAGUACGGAUGGUCCCCCCUGUCCGAGCAGUUCGUGUUUUCCACCAAGAAGGGAAAUGAAGCCAUGGCCGUUCUCCAGUCGACCAAUGACGCAACAGCCGCGUCCUCCGCCAGCCUCAGUCGCCUCGUCGUCAUCGCUUCUGUCUUCUGCGCUCUGUGGAGGCGCCGCUGCUCUUGGAUCUAA